AUUUUUUUACGGAGUCCUAAUAAUUUUUCCAGCCGCUCCCGCGUUUCAUCCAUCAAACAUCUCCUCGUCGCCGGCGAACUUCCCUCAGCUGCCAUCGUCUCUGCCAAGCGCAUCCAGCUUACAUCCACCAAUCUUUCCGUCGUGAUCGACCAUCUUUAUCGCUCCCCGUGUUCUCACUUUCUGUUUUCCCUUAAGCCCUAAACGCUUUCCCGACCACCUUUUCACUCGCAUUUGGAAGCAGGCAGAACACAUAAAACCCAAUAGUCUCGUUAUGAUUCCAUUCACUGAAGCGAGAGAGCAGAAACACGAUGGAUUUCGCUGCGUCAACUGUGGUCGGAGGGUUGGCAGAUUGUUCAUGCAGUAUUCUCCGGGAAACAUCCGUCUAAUGAAAUGCGAUAAUUGCAAGGCGGUCGCUGAUCCGUAUAUCGAGUGUGAAUUCAUGAUUAUUUUUAUUGAUCUGAUACUGCACAAGCCUAAAGCAUUCCGGCAUCUACUGUACAAUGUGCUGAAUUUGGAGAAGACUGACUUCAAGGCCAUAGCCUUGAAAUUAGCCCUUAUGUACUUCAUUUUAGAUGCAUACAGAGUGUCACUUUCUGUAGGAAGUAAAGGUACCCGGGUCUCGUCAAGGAGUGGUUUGGAGUUUGCCUGGACAUGCUUAAAGGUAUUGCUGAAUGUUCUACUUGGAAAUCUUAUGCUUGUAUCUGUUUUGUGGAUUGGGAUAAGGAUUCUGCUCAAUUUGAAUUAUCAUAUAUGCAGGUACAGAGAAAUCCUUUUGGCGGUUCUUGUUUCAAGCUACUUUAAGAUGUUCCUCUUAGCCAUGAUGGUCUGGGAUUUUCCUUCUGCUUCUAUUUUCAUCGUGGACAUCUUUGUUCUAUCUUUGAACACGGUCGCUUUAAGAGUUUUAACACAAUUGGGGACCACUGCAUGCUUUCUGCUCUGCUUCAGUUCCCAUGGUGCCAAAUUUAUAGCUUCAGACUGGCUGCUCCUUUUGGUUUCGUCGAAGCUGGGGUAGAAAAGGGGAAGACAACUUCAGGUGUACGUAAGGACUAGAAUGACCUGAGGAAAAGGUUAGCAGAAGAUACUGUUAAGCAAUUGUUAUUAGAGCAAGGUUGGCCAUGGUCUCUAUGAUGAAUGUGGGUGGAAGAUAGAAAAGAGAGUCAACCAACUCAAUGAUGGAGACAUUAGGUACUAAAAGAUACAAAUUGACAAUUGCAUGUAUUGGGAAAGUUAUUUUUAUCCCGCUUGAUGUGAAGCCUAAUAAAAUGAGCUUAGAAGGGGUGUGCUAUAUUUGGCAUUUUUUUUUCUCCUUAUGAGGUGGAGCUACAACACGGGCUGCAUCCCACUUGUAGCUAAGGCCAAAUUAACCUAUCAUUCACCGUGGCUAUUGUCUUGUCGUGGUCGAAGUGGCUAGACAUGUCUCCAAAUGCGUUUCCUCGAUGAAAAAAUCUCGAAACGAUGAAUUUAGGACAUGAAAUUAUGCUCCUUUAAAGAGUUAAUUCUCUUGUAUCUGUUAGAUUGAGGUGGUGAUGAGCUAUAAAUUUGAUGGAAGUUUUUCCAACUAGUUAAUUGCUUUUGACCUUAUCAAAUAUACGGAUAUUGAUGCCCAUAGUAUAAAGUGUGCACAUCCUUGUUAUUAGGUAAAUAACAACGUUGUUCUUAACACCAGCCUUUUGCUAAGAACAGAAGUACACCCUUGAAGAAAUUAGACUUAUUUAGCAUAGUAGGAAUUAAGUUACUUCUGGUUGCUAAUUUAUUCAGAAUUUUGUGAUCAGAGAGGAGCAAAAACUCUUAUAAAAUGAGACAAUGUCUUUAAUAACAGAGAGUCUGGAUGACAACUUCAAACAUUUGUUCAUACAUUGAGUAAUAUUAUUGCAUUUCAUUUAAUGUCUCGUUGAUGAAGGUGAGUAAUUGAGGACACUAAUUGUACCAACUCUAAAGAGAUUGCAGGAUACCUCAAAUAGCUUAAAGAAAUAUGAUAAGUUUAAUAUUGAUGGAACUCUUCCUAAAUAGGCUUUGGUGGCUUUCUUUGCCAAACAAAAUUCGCCCUUUUUGAAACAACAGGUGAUUGGAGCCAUAAUGGGGUUAAAUCCAUGUAUGAACCCUCUAAUGGUGGGUAGCUAGCCCAUGAAAAUUGCAAACGUAGUAAAUAAUGGUGGAAAUAGGUACUCUUGACUGACCCUAGUUUUAUUUGUGUUUGCAGGGACAUUAUCUUCAAAAAUGAUGAAUCCUAUAAUCAUUCAAGUCAUAAACAAGCACUUCUCAAUAUAAAAACAUCUUUUCUUGGUAAAAAAAAAUUAAAACUUGCGACAAAUGAUGUGUAUUUUUGCACUUAAUUUGAUUGAUAAUCAGAACGGCAUUAAGAUAUACUAUUAAAAAUCUCCUGAUAUGGAGAUGCAAAAUAUGAGUCAUCACCCACAUGAAUGUGUUGGAGGCGUUGGUUAAGACAAAUCUCAUCACCAAGAACUCGCAUAAAUCAUCAUUCAUUUUGAAGAUCAUUUUCUAUCAUCUCCUUUUCACAUACAGAUUCAAUGAUAUGUGUUUCUUAGUUUGAUCUUAUAAUAUAUAGUCACAUCAGCCAUCAUAUCAAAUAUGUCAUCAAGUUGAGGUUUGAAAACUUAUAAUUGAUAGUAAUUUUAUUGAUAACACAAUUAUCCACACAUGUGAAUCACUUGCUAUCCUUUUUCAUAGUAAUAAAUCCCUUUAGAAAUUAGUUAAUCUGUCAUUUAAUCUGUUUAUGCACAUCUGAGCUUAGUUGGUAAUGAAGCAAAUUAGGGAGAAAACCUAAGAACCGAUCUUUGACUUGUUAAAUGACAAACUAAGCUCUUGGGUGACAUUCAUUUCAUAAAUCUAAGGCCUACUUAGAAGUAUGCGGGCAACAUUUUUUUCAAAACGACAUCACAUAAUAUCUUUUCUAUAUGUUUUCUUAGCUCAGGAGUCCUUUUGUUGGCUUCAAAAGGAAUACAAAAUAAAAUGAUGCUAUGUAAUUAAAAUAUAGUAUUUUAGGUGGUUGGCAGCCGCAGGCAGCUUGUGGCGACGAGUGAUGACACCAGCUGUGGUGGCAAGUUUUGCAUUGUAUUCAGAAAUAGGCUUGAAUCUCAUGAGUUAGAAUAAAUUGUUAUCCUCAUCGCCAAGAGAGCAUGUAGCCAAAGGCCAAGCUCUAUUGCUCGCUUGGCGCUGAGGAUAACAACUAGGCGGCAGGAGGUGGCCAAUUGAAAUUGGGGCAUUUACAUAUAUACAAUCCAAUUCCUGUGUAACUACAUAUCUACACCUAAACUAUGCUUUCCACAUUUAUUUCUCUCAAAUCUUUCAUAUCACAUAAA